UAAUUUCGCAAUAAUCGAUCUACGAGUAAUCCUACUUCACCUUGACCAUGUUCUUUACUAGUUUAGUAUUAACCAAUAUGUUUGCAAAUAUACCUCAACUAAUAUUAUCUUAAUUAAUAGCCUCAAACCAUUGCCGAGAGAGUUGCUGCAUUUCGCUAAUUAAUCCCUAAUUCUGUCUGCCCAGUUAAAAAUUUACACAUAUAAGAAGUUCAUCGCGCCUCGGGCCUUAUCAAACAUUUCUGUUGCUAUCUCCGUCUGAAAUUUUUAUACUUUAUAAGUGCCAGAACCUUACCGCGCUGUAAAUAACACGGCGUGUUUGUUACGCAGUCCUGGCGUCAGCUGUGAGUGGUGCGAGGCACUGGAACCUACUCGUUACAAUGACUCUCCACGUUAAGUCUCGUGUGUAAUGGCCAGUUCAAUAUCCCUUUUUUGGUAUUUUAAACAUCCAAUUCAAAAAGAUUUAAAAGUAACAGAUGAGUGUAUAAGGACUAAAUUAAAAACGUUAUGUACGAAUAACCGGCUUCCUCAAAAUCCACUAGUAUAGUAAAAACCAGUGAACUAGUGCACUAAUAAAUGAGUACUGUACUGGGUUAUCCUGAACAUGGCCAUUAAAUCCAGUAGCGAAACGGAAAUGUGGGACUGCGGGAUCGGUGCUGCGCAUGCGUAUCUCUCACUUCCCGUGGUACAUUGCGGCGUGCCAUCAGAUCGCCGUGGGCUCCGCGAGCGGUUGCCCCUUCAGUCAAAUUCGCGCGUGAACCGAGGUUUAAAGAACCUGUCAGUUGUCUUUAUUGAAUAGAUAUUGGCUCCGUUCGUGUAUUAUUGCUUCUCGAUACUAGCAGACGUAGAAAACUUCUGAACGUUGUCUGGGACGCUGCAUCACACUGAAUUAGUUAGUCUGUAAACAUAAUAUUUUUUGUUUUUCUGGUUCCGUUGGCGUUGACUGAGUCACUCGACUCGCUGCCACUCCCCGUCCCAGCCGGCGCAAAACACACUGACUGACUGACUGACGACGUGAUGUCGCGUUUUAAGAGAGGGGCUCACAUCGACUCAAGAAGUGGGUUUUCCAGGGAGAAGGAGCCCCCUGUUCCAUACGGGCUACUGAAAGCAGCGAGGAAAAGCGGGCAGCUCAACCUGUCUGGCCGAGGACUCACAGAAGUCCCACAGAGUGUGUGGAGGCUGAAUAUAGACACACCGCAAGAAGCACAAGAGAACAUAUCAUUCGGAGGUGCAGACCGAUGGUGGGAACAGACAGACCUCACCAAGCUCCUCCUAUCUUCAAACAAGCUGGAGGUUCUGUCAGAAGAUGUUCGCUUGCUGGCUGCUCUGGUUGUUCUGGACGUCCAUGACAAUCAGCUUACCGCCCUCCCCAAAUCUAUUGGAGAGCUCCAAAACCUGCAGAAACUCACUUUGAGCCACAAUAAGCUGAGGGAGCUGCCUGAGGAACUCUGGGAGCUGAAGAACCUUCGCAGCCUGCAGCUACAACAGAACCUCUUGGAGCAUCUCCCCCAGGGGGUGGGAGAACUCACCGCUUUAGAUGACAUUGAUCUCUCUGACAACCAGCUGACAGAGGUCCCUGACAGUCUGGGCAAUCUGAGCAACCUUGUGAAACUGAAUCUUUCCCACAACAAGCUGAAGGGCCUUCCUCUUGGGAUCAGUGGCAUGAAGAAUCUAAGACUUCUGGACUGUACUCGCAAUCAUCUCGAGAGUGUCCCCCCGGUGCUGGCUCAGAUGACUUCUCUGGAGCAGCUCUACUUGAGGCACAACAAAUUGUGCUUUCUUCCUGAGCUCUCCUCAUGCAAAAUGCUCAAGGAGCUCCAUGUAGGGAACAAUCAGAUUGAGAUGGUGGAGGCAAGGCAGCUGAAACACCUCAGUGCUCUGAGUGUCCUGGAGUUGAGAGACAAUAAGGUGAAAACUCUUCCUGAUGAAAUCACCCUCCUUGAAAGCCUGGAGCGACUCGACAUUGCCAAUAACAACAUCAGCAGUCUUCCUUGUGCUCUUGGCAACAUGCCCAAGCUAAAGAUCCUGGCUCUGGAAGGCAACCCCCUGAGAACUAUUCGCAGGGAUCUCCUGAUUAAAGGGACUCAGGAACUUCUGAAAUAUCUGAGGAGUCGUAUUCAAGAACAACCAGAUGUCAAAACUGAACAAGAUUCUCAUACUGCAAUGACUCUCCCAAGUCAAGCCAAGAUAAACGUGCACGCCAUUAAGACACUAAAGACACUGGACUACAGCGGGAAACAGGAGGCAUCAGUCCCUGACGACGUGUUUGAUGCAGUUGGAAGUGAUCCUGUUUCCGUUGUGAAUUUCAGCAAAAAUGAGCUGAGUGCAGUGCCACCCAGGAUUAUAGAGUUGAAGAGCACCGUGUCCGACAUUAACCUUGGUUUCAACAAGCUAACCAGCAUCCCACCGGAUUUCAGCAUGUUGCAGAACCUGGCACACAUCGACUUCAGGAACAACUUGCUGGUAUCACUGCCUGAGGAACUGGAAGCCUUGAGCAAACUUAGAAGCAUUAUAUUGUCUUUCAAUCGGUUCAAAGUAUUCCCAAAUGUGCUCUACCAGAUUCGAAGUCUUGAGACCAUUUUAAUCAGCAACAACCAGGUGGGCAGCGUUGACCCCAUCAAGCUUAAGGGCCUGGAAAGACUUUCUACCCUAGACCUGCAAAAUAACGACAUCAUGCAGGUACCCCCCGAGCUGGGAAACUGCACCAGUUUGAGAGCGUUGAUGCUGGAUGGAAAUCCUUUCCGCAAUCCCAGAGCAGCAAUUAUUGCCAAAGGGACAGAUGCACUUCUGGAGUACCUGAGGAGUAGAAUUCCUGCUUAAUUGUUGGUUAAGUGCAGCAGUAGCAGAACUUUGACCGAACCACCACCUUCCUGUUUGGUCAUAGAACUUGCGACAUUCAUGAGUGGUGCUGAACACCAGAAAGUUUCAGUUACACAUUAAAUACGCAACAGCUCUGUUUUGUUUUCAACUGCCAAUUCCAAGAUAUUAUAAGCAUUUGGUUUCAAAUUCCAUACACUUUCUUAAAGUAUGAACAAUGUUACCAUUCCUAGACUAUAAUACAGCACUUACAAUAAGUGCAAUAAGCAAAAAUAGUAAGUGUAGUUGACAGCAAAGCUCACAGAGAGAAAUGACUUGGCACAGUCAUUAGACUGCCAUUGAGUAGGGAGCACAUACUUUAAUCACAUUUUAAAAUUGCAAAUUGACUUUUCUAUUGUUCAACAUUUUCUAUGAAUGCAGCGUCAUUACACUACACUGAGCCGUAUUUGAUAGUAGUUCUAAGUUUUCCAAAUUCCAUAAUGAACUGAAUUAAAAUGAUAUUUUGACAGUAGAGCUUGUUGUAGUUUUCCUAUGGACUUUUAAUGGUUGUUUUUCAAAUUAAUUAGCUUUUGUGUGAAACUGAUAAUUGAAUAAUUUUUAUUUCAAUAAGACAGUUUUCUGUAAAACGAAUGUCAGUCCUGAUUUUAAGGUAAUGUUACUUUAAGGAUAAUAUGUUUAGAAAUAAACAUACCUGUUCACAAGCUACAGAACCAUGUGCAUCCGAAGGUAUUUGUACCAGAUUCUAUCCAUCCAUCGUCAACAACCGCUUGUCCUGAGCGGGGUCACAGCAAGCCAGAGCCUACCCAGCAACACAGGGCGCAAAGCCAAAGUGACGCACCUAGGACAGGACUCCACCCCAAACCCCUCCACAGAGCAGACACCGGCUGAACCUGCCAUGCCACCACACCCCCCUGUACCAGAUUCACUUCUGUUUUUUUGCCUCUUACAUUAGCUCUAGUAUUUUUGUUUACACACCAGUAUCUACGUGUACAAAUGGCAGUGUUUGAUACUGCUCAAUGUGUUUGUCUGAACUACAUGAAGGCCAAGUAUCAUCUGGUUCCUUUUCUAAACUUGACUUAUCAAAAUGAACAGAUGAAGGGAAAAAGUGCAGUACAGUCAUACCUCAAAAUACUGAUUUAAUACCCCUUUGGCUCUCAUUUAUGAGAACUGAAUUUGGAUUUUGAGCAUCUUGCAAAUCAAGAAAAGAGCAACCCUGUGAUGUUCUUUGCAGUUCUACAGUGGGUAUCUGAAUAUUUCAUUGAGUUGUCCUCUCAGAGCACUUGUAGGUUGCUAGUUUAUAGCAGUGAUAUUCUUGUGCAUCAUGUGCCCCUGAAAUGGACAGUAAGGAGCUCGAAAAGCCAAAACCGUUGUGACUGUCCUUGCAGUCUCUCUCCUGUCAUAUUCUCGCCUUUCUACACAAUGUCAGUGUACAGCGAUAAUAUUGCGUUGUUUUUGCUGUUGUUUUUUGCACUGAAAGCUGAAUUACAUAAACAUUGUCUUGUGUAUGUUUUGUUUGUGAGUAGUCAAGUGUGCA